AUGGAGUGGAAUGCGAAAUCGCCUGGGCAAUGGGACUGGGAAAACUUGUUCUUCGUGAAUUCAAAACCAACAGAAAAUCACAAGUCUCAGUCUACUGAUUGGAGUGCGGAGACAGAUCGAGAAAUUAACGUCGGAAUGUUGUUUCCAUCAAGUGGUAGUGGCUGUUCCGCGUCUAAACUGUUACACGCGUCGUCCUCAAGGAGCUCAAAAUCUGCUUCCAAUAAUUCAUCGUCAAACGGGGAGAGCAAGACAUCUAUGUUAACUCGGGAAUGUUCUCAAGACGAUUCCACCGGUAAGAAAGAAUUGUCUAAAGGAGAUCCAAUUGAAACUUCUCAAGCAGCAGAACCGUUGCUCACACUGAAGCUUGGUAAAAGAUUCUACUUUGAGGAUGUUUCCCCUGGAAGCCACUCCAAGAAAGCCUCUUCCUCCGCGGUUCCUGCAGCUCCUCCUUCGAGUGGAAAAAAAGGUAAAUCGGGUUGUCAGAACUUGCUACAUUGCUGCCAGGUAGAAGGUUGUGGCCUCGACCUCUCUUCCUCUAAAGAUUACCAUCGAAAACAUAGAGUUUGUGAAAGUCAUUCCAAAUCCCCUAAGGUGGUUAUAGCUGGUAUGGAGCGUCGAUUUUGCCAACAAUGCAGCAGGUUCCAUUCUCUAUCGGAGUUUGACGAGAAAAAAAGAAGCUGCAGACGUCGUCUUUCAGAUCACAAUGCAAGACGCCGCAAACCUCAACCUGGAGCAAUGCAAUUGAAUCCAUCAGCUCUUUCUUCAUCACCCUAUGAUCAAAGACAAGCAAUGGGCCCAUUUGCUUUUCCAAGGAACACUGCAAAUUUAGCAUGGCAAGGCAUACAUAACAGCAAACUCCCGGAAACACAAGAUUUUAUGCUGAAACCUCCAAAGGCAUUUAACAAGACUGUCACUAUGUUUUCCGAUGAUUCCAAAGGCAUAGAAUCCAGGAGUGCAUUUCCAGGUAUAGAAGAUCCGACUACCUUGUCUGAUCCAAAUGCUACUCAAGAUGUUAACCGUGCUCUCUCUCUUCUGUCAACCAAUUCAUGGGGUGCAUACGAUACCAAGUCCCUCUCUUUAGAACACUCGAAUCGGCCAACCGGGGCAACUCAUUCAGUAACACAUGCACCUGCUAACCGCUCACCCUUUCCGUCAUCAGAAUACUGGCACACUGAUCUGCAACAGGCCAACAACUCCAGCGCUUGUAUCUCGUUCUCAGGUUACGACAAUAGCAACCGCUUUCAAGACUUUCAGCUGUUCAGCGCGCCGUUCGAGUCGAGUUUCCCUUGCAACCAGAUGGAUUAA